AUGGAGCCCGAGGCCCCGGAUUCCCGCAAGAGGCCCCUCGAAACGCCCCCCGAGGUGGUCUGCACCAAGCGCAGCAACACGGGAGAGGAAGGCGAAUACUUCCUGAAGGUGCUGAUCCCCAGCUACGCAGCGGGCUCCAUCAUUGGCAAGGGCGGGCAGACCAUCGUGCAGCUGCAGAAGGAGACGGGAGCCACCAUCAAGCUCUCCAAGUCCAAAGACUUCUAUCCGGGAACCACAGAGCGAGUAUGCCUGGUACAGGGCACAGCAGAGGCCUUGAAUGCUGUGCACAGCUUUAUUGCUGAGAAGGUCCGAGAAAUCCCACAAGCGAUGACCAAGCCUGAGGUAGUCAACAUCCUUCAACCCCAAACCACGAUGAACCCCGACAGAGCCAAGCAGGCCAAGCUGAUCGUCCCCAACAGCACGGCAGGCCUGAUCAUCGGCAAGGGCGGCGCCACAGUGAAAGCCGUGAUGGAACAGUCGGGUGCUUGGGUGCAGCUGUCCCAGAAGCCAGAGGGCAUCAACCUGCAGGAGCGCGUGGUGACUGUCAGCGGUGAACCGGAGCAGGUGCACAAGGCCGUGAGCGCCAUCGUGCAGAAGGUACAGGAAGAUCCCCAGAGCAGCAGCUGCCUCAACAUCAGCUACGCCAACGUGGCUGGCCCUGUGGCCAACUCCAACCCCACCGGCUCGCCGUACGCCAGCCCCGCCGAUGUGCUGCCUGCUGCUGCCGCUGCCUCGGCUGCUGCUGCCUCCGGCCUGCUGGGCCCUGCGGGGUUGGCGGGCGUGGGAGCCUUUCCUGCCGCCCUGCCUGCCUUCUCAGGCACCGACCUACUGGCCAUCAGCACAGCGCUCAACACGCUGGCGAGUUACGGCUACAACACCAACUCCCUCGGCCUGGGCCUCAACUCAGCUGCGGCCUCUGGGGUCCUGGCCGCUGUGGCCGCUGGUGCCAACCCUGCCGCCGCCGCCGCUGCCAACCUCCUGGCAUCCUAUGCGGGUGAGGCAGGGGCGGGGCCAGCCGGAGGGGCUGCCCCGCCUCCACCCCCGCCACCCGGAGCCCUGGGGUCCUUUGCAUUGGCCGCGGCUGCCAAUGGCUACCUCGGGGCCGGGGCGGGCGGUGGGGCAGGCGGAGGGGGUGGCCCGCUGGUGGCCGCUGCAGCCGCGGCCGGGGCAGCUGGGGGCUUUCUGACAGCAGAGAAGUUGGCAGCUGAGAGUGCCAAGGAGCUGGUGGAGAUUGCGGUGCCUGAGAACCUGGUGGGAGCCAUCCUGGGCAAGGGGGGCAAGACGCUGGUGGAGUACCAGGAGCUGACAGGCGCCCGCAUCCAGAUCUCCAAGAAGGGAGAGUUCCUGCCAGGCACGCGGAACCGGCGGGUCACCAUCACGGGCAGCCCCGCGGCCACGCAAGCCGCUCAAUACCUCAUCAGCCAGCGGGUCACCUACGAGCAGGGAGUGAGGGCCUCAAACCCCCAGAAAGUGGGAUGAAGCCCGUGGUGUAUGCUCCCACCCUCUCCCUCUCCCUCCUCCUCCUCCUCCUCCUUCUUCUCCUCCUCCCCAACUCCUGACCUCAGCUCCGUGUAGUCCUGCUCCUCGAGGGAUGGGGCUGGGGUAGGCCUGACUGCACCCCCCCUUCUGGUAGUCAUAGGCAGGAUUGAGUGAUGGCUGGGGAUGGGGCCCAGAAGCUCCCUCCCCAGCCCUGAACUGACCCCUUCUUCCUUCCUCCCUACGCUUGACUGGGCCUGACCCUCCUCUCCCAGGGCCCAGGUCUGUGUGAUAUCUGUAUAUAUUGCAUUUUGUUGAUUUUAAUAGAAAACAAAGCGUUAUUUUCUCUUUCU